AUGCAGUUCCGCAACGUUGUCCUUGCCGCCGCUCUCGUCGCUGCCGCUUACGCUCAAAACUCGCCCCGCAGCGCUGAUGUCGCUUGCGCUCGUGGUCUUGACCACCAGACCCGCUCCGUGGGCGCUUGCUCCCACUUCGAGCGCUCCGAGAAGGAGCUCGCCGCCCGCGACUUCGAGGAGGGCCUCCGCACUCUGGAUGUUCUCCAAGCUCGUAACGACAAGCAAAUGACUGUUGACAGCCACGACCAAACGAACAACGAGUCCCAGACCAAGCAGACCACCUCUGGUGCUUUCCACUGCCGCCGCAGCGACUUCACCCUUGGCAACUUCUCUCGCCGAGACACCACCAUCAGCAUGGGCGGCGGUUCCGGCAACGACUGGAAGAACGAGGGAGGCAACGUUGGUAACUGCAACAUGAACCGCAGAGACGCUCUGGCCAUCGCCGACCUUGGCGCUAUGACCCGCCGCUUCGCGGCCCGUGACCUCACCGACGAGCACAAGGACGUCGCCGUCGAGUACCUCAAGCGCCACGCCGCGGAACUCGACCUGCUCAUUAUCAAGCCUGAACCACGGCUCUCGCCUGAGAGCCAUGUACGGAUCCACGCAUCGACAAAGAUCAAAGACUCGGGCUCGGGCUCGUGCGCAGACUCGGACUCGGACUCGGACUCGGACGAUGCGGACUUUAUCUCGGACAAGGGCCACAAGGACGUUUGCGAAUGA